AUGUCGCCGCUUUUAAUCGUAAUAUUUACACUUCUUUUGGUAUAUAAAUUAUAUAGAUUUGCUUACGACAAACCGCCUAAUACACCUCCAGGUAUUAUAAGAGUUCCGAUAGGAGGAUCCUACUGGCUAUUGUUAUGGGGAAACUAUAAAUUCCCACAUUUGACCCUCAACUAUUAUGUCAAGAAAUUGAACUCGAAGAUUAUCAGCUGCUAUAUGGGUAGUUUCUUUGUGAUAAUAGUGAACGAUUAUAAAAGCAUAAAAGAAGUACUCGGUCGAGAUGAAUUUGAUGGGCGAAUUACAAAUGCGGAUUUUCUAAAAGAUAGAGCUUUUGGGAAAGAAUUAGGUAUUUUUUUUGUCGACGGUCCGAAAUGGCAUGAACAGAGGAGAUUUGCCCUCCGUCAUAUGCGCGACUUUGGAUUCGGUCGACGCCAGGAAAAGCUCGAAAGCGAAAUCAUGGAUGAGAUGACUUUACUCCUUGAUAUAAUGAAAAACGGACCUAUUUAUGAUGAAGAGAAACAAAUAUUGAAGGGUAAUUUAGCGCUCUUCCCGGAUAUUCUAUACGCGUCGGCGGGUAACAAUAUAUGGAACGUUAUGUUCGGUCAUAGAUUUGACAGAAGCGAACAUGAUAUACCUCGACGUCUCUGUCGUGCGGCUGUUUUGUUCGGAAAGUCAAAUGAUACAACCGGUGGUGCCAUUUUCCAGCACCCGUUCUUAAAACACUUCGGCAAUAUGUUUGGCUACAAAAACCAUAUGAAGGCAAGCAAUACGUUAAAUAAUCUUGUCAAGGAAUAUCUGAUACGUCAAAAAAAUUUUAUGAGCGAGAAUGAUGAACGGGGAUUCAUCGAUAGAUACCUAAAGAAAUUGAACGAAGACGACAAGUCGAAUAGUUUCACGGAAGAACAAUUGAUCAUUUUGUUAGUUGAUAUGAUGUUUCCCGCUUUGUUUGGGAUAUCAGGCGUCCCUACUCAUGCUCUCAAAUAUUUGAUGCACCAUCCCAAAAUAAUGGAGAAAGUAAGAAAUGAGAUAGAUAAUGUUAUUGGAAUCGGACGGUUGGCUACAUGGGAAGAUAGAAAAAAUUUGCCUUACUUGGAGGCAGUAAUACGAGAAACGUUAAGAAUUGAAACAAUUACACCUCUUAGCGUAGUUCAUAGAUGUACAAGAAAAACCACUUUAUGCGGCUACGAUAUACCUGAAAACACUCCGAUUUUCACUAACUUGGCAGCAAUGCAUCAUGAUCCUGACUUGUGGGGCGAUCCUGAAGUUUUUAGACCGGAAAGAUUUCUGAAAGAGGAUGGGCAAUUAGCCAAAGAUAUUUCGCUUCCUUUCGGUUUCGGUCAUCGAUUAUGUCCAGGUGAAACUUAUUCUAGAUAUAACAUAUUCGGGACAUUGGUUCUUUUGCUACAGAACUUCAACUUUUUUUUCGUUGAGGGUCAGCCAUCGAGCCUCGAGGAUAAGGAUUCGGGUCUAGUCGUUCUUCCCAAACAUCUAUGGAUACGCUUCGAAUCACGUUAAUAUUCACAUAUAGUAAUUCACGUAUAAUAAUUAUUUAAUUAUUUUAUCGACAAGCAAUCUAAAAUAAUUAACAGAAUGCCAUGUCUACUGUUAAUUACCCAGAUAGCACAGAGAUGAACAGAAAUUCAUAAAGAAGUCAUUUUAAAGAAUAUUUGCAGAAUUAGAAAAAUAAAUACAUAAAGACUUCUUGAAGAAUUAGCCACAAUUAGUUCACAUUGAAGUAUUCCUUAAGAGUUCAUUGUAAUGAAUACCUCGCGAUUUGUUAUUUGAAAUAUUUAGAGUAUUCAUAGACAAUUUAGAGUAUUCAUAGAGAAGUCAUUUUAAAGAAUACUUGCAGAAGUAGAAAAAUGAAUACAUGAAGAAUUCUUGAAGAAUUAGCCACAAUUAGUUCACGUUGAAGAGUUCAUUGCAAUGAAUGCCUCACGAUUUAUUUCGAAUACUUUGAGUAUUUUUUACCAGAAAUUACUCGAGUGUUUGGAUAAUAUCAAUUACAUUUUUACAAUUAUAUAUCGCUUAAUAAAUGCUAAUUUAUACUUUUAUACACGAAAUACGCUACAUAUAAAUAACAAACCAAUUAAUAUACAAUUUAAGAACGUGCUGAUCUGCAACGACAGAAUGUCGCGUUCCGUUUCACGCAUGAUGUGCAUGAUACAACAUUCAUCCUUGUUUGUAUUAACUAUACAUAUGUUUCAUCCUUCUGACAACAUAUAUUGUAAUAAUGUAUGACAAAUAUGUAUGCAUAAACGAGAAGUGUUCAUGGAUCAUCACGAAGUGUUAGAAUGCGUACAAUCUUCGAAAUCAAGCAACGUUGGCGAUGAUUGAUACUUGGAUGGGUAACCGUUUUUGCAGAUACAGAGAUUAAACAUGCUUUAAGUACGACUGUGGCUUGGCUGAAACAUGUAUAGUUUUCUUGCUCUUACAAAAUUACCAUAGAAAUAAUUAGAA